CGGCACGUUUGCUCCACCACUCCUUGCCUCCUAAUCCUCCCCUUCUUCAUUGCCUCCUUGCCUCCCUCCCUUCCAGAACCUCAUCCCCACGACGCGCACAGUCGCACACCACACCCACCAGGCCACCAGAACCCAGACUCGCGGAGCCAACUUGAACGAUCAAUGGAGAUCGCCACACUGCCACCACCUCCGCCCGGGGCAUUCAGCUUCGACGGCGCCGCCUACCCAACGGAACCAACAACCAGGAACCCCUUCGCCUCCGCCGCCGACGACAUGGCGGCAGCGCCCAGCAACCCGUUCUUGGGCCCCGCGGCAUUGACGGCGCCCCCGUCGCCCAACCCGUUCGGGAUCCUCCUCCCGGCCAGCAGCACCGUUGACGACGGCGGCGACCCCUUCGACCUCUUCCAGCACUUCGCCAGCGCCCCCGCGAGCCCGUCGCGCGCCGCCGCCAUCUAUGCACACUUCUCCGCCGACAACCACGACUACGAGGGCUUCGCCACGCCGAGAACUCCCAAGGUCACGGCAUCCUCCGUGCCGUUCGACUGGGAGGAGAAGCCGGGGAAGCCCAAGCCCGGGUUCGGCUCUACGCCGGCAUCCAACGGGGUCUUCGAGGGCGGCGACGAAGACGACGCGGACUUCGACUUCGGCGUCCUGCUCGACGGCAGGAGCGCGCAGACGCCUGCCGCGGCGGCAGACGAGCUCUUCGACGAAGGCAAGAUCCGGCCGCUGAAGCCGCCGCCGCGCCUGCUCGCCGACAGCGGCAGCGUCGGGUCGUCGCCGCGGUCGCCGAUGACUGCGAGGUCUGCCAUUUGGUCCCCGCGGCUACGGCGGAGCACGGUGAGGCCCGAGGACGGCUUUGACCCGUUCGCGGCGGCCAUGGCGAAGGCGUCGUCGUCGUCCAUGGCGCCGUCCCCUCUCGGCCCUUGCGCGUUAACCGUAGGAACGGCCGCCGCUUCGCUCGAGAACAGUACGGAGUCUGUCACGUCGCCGCCGUUCGCGCCUCUCCCGAAGAGCAAUGGCGGGAGGAAGAAAUGGCGGCUCAGCGACCUGCUACUGUUCCGGAGGCUGUCAGCGAAAGGCCGCGCAGCCGGCGGGAGCAACAUCAGCAGGGAACCUGUGUUCAAGUACUCGCCGGUGCAGAACCUCGGGACGACGCCGGUGAAGAAGACGACAACGGACGGCGGCGACGUGUCGGGCGCCGGGAAGCAGCAGAGGAAGCAGAGCAAGUACGGCGAGGAUGGCGCCGGGAUGCAGCACGGGCGGCAGAGCUUCAUGGUGGGGUGCAUCCGGCUCAAUCCCGGGCUGCACCGGCUGGCCAAGAAAGGCUUCAACGCGGGGUCCUCGUCGCACUUCGGCCGACGCACCGCCAGGUCCGCCAUGGCCGGGUGAAAGUAAUAAUCCGUGUGAUCGAUCGCCCAUAUCGCUGCCCUAGCACACUAGCACAGCAACAAGGAUGCAUGUUUGUCUCGUCUUUUCCUUUCGGCAAAUUCGCCAUUUUUCUUACCAUUCCGUUGAAACACUUGUACAAUUCGAUUCGAUCUCCAGUUCUCCACUCAUUUCUCCAUGAUUUUUUUUACCUUUGCAUGGUAUACAUACGGGUAUGUAAUA